CCCGGCGGUCGUCCGUCAGAUGGCACUGACCAAUGAGCAACGGCGGCGGCGGCGGCAGCAGAGCGACGACGACGGCGGCGCGCGACCUCUCGCAGUGUGCUAUUCGUAAUCGGGGCGUAAGAGUGCACCGGUGCUCGGACGACUUACCCCACGUGCGCGCGUAUAAUAUCAUGCGAUGUGCCCCGCCGCCAGUCGUCACAUUACCGUUAACGCGUGCGAGUCGUCGAGUGUGAAACCGAUUGUUGGUGUUUAGAAAAUUUUCGUUACGUUUGUAAUAUUUGAAAUAUUUUUGAUUAUCGGAAAAUAAUAUUCUAUAUUUUUACCUCUCUCUCUCGAAUAAUAUAAUAUCAAACGAUCGUGUUUUUAGAUAAUUUUUUUUUUUUUUGCUCCGUCCGUUUUCUGUACGAAAAGUUAUACCGAUCGUCGUCGUUUAUAAUAUAAUAAUAAUAAUAUAGUCGUUUGAUAUUUUUCGUCGGUCACGUAAAUACUACGCCGGCCGCGAUUCGCGGUGGAAAAUAAUAGUCGUCUGUAUAAAACAAUACACCGUCAAUCUGGAACGCGUGCGACCACCAUGGACACUACCUAACAGAACGUUUCGUCCGCAACAACGUUAAUAUAAUAUUAUAAUCCUACUGCUAAAAUACGUGCCGUGUGUUUCGCCCGCGGUCGUCGUUUUUUUUUUCUUUCGUCGUCGUUUUGUUUUAAACCGUCGCUUAUCACGUCAUCGCAGUGCCGACUACGCCACCCCGAAUAAUAUAUAAAAAAAAAUAUAUAUACCCGUCGUCCCCGGGCGGCAAAUUCCGAUUACCACACCUACCCCCUAAACUGUCGCGAUGACGGACCCGUAUGACGACCGACGCAAUCUGUACCAAGAAGUGGGCCGGUGGUGGUGAUACGCGCGACAUGUCGAAUGGUGGUGACGGCGCAGCAGGUGCAGUUUGCGCGUGUCGCCGUCGCCGUUGUCGGACUACGCCGUCGUCGUCGUCGCCGUCGCGUUCGCCGUCCGUGCUGGCCGUGUGGACGACGGCGUUCGUCGUGUUGGCCGCGAUCGUAGGCGGCGGCGGCGGCGGCGGGGUCGAAGCGCUGCACGCGGCCGCGGCCGUCUCGACGGCCGGCGGUGCGGCGGCGGCAGCUGCGGCGGCGGCGGCCGGACGGAUGGCGCCGUGCGCCCACCUGGGCGACGAGACCAACGACGUGUCGGCCCGGGCCUACGCGUCCGACGUGGUGUUCGAGGGCAAGGUCCGGUCCAAGGGCCCGAUACGGCCCGGCGACGGCACGUACGGCGUCACGUUCGUGGUGCAGCGCGUGCACAAAGACGCCAUGCAGGCGGUCACGUACGAGGGACUGCGGGUCGGCAGCCCCGUGCGGCUCAACUUUCGCGAGAAGCGCGGCGACCGCGACCCGCCGCAGCGGAGGCCGCCGCUCCAGCGCCGGGCGGACGCACAGUGCGUGCAGCGGUUCGCGCCGGCCGCCGGCGGGCAGACCGUCGAGGCCAACAUCAAGCGCGGGGCCAAGUACCUGGUGUUCGUGGCCGGCGUCGGGCCGCACAACCUGUCCGUGCUCGGCGAGCCCGUUCUCCGGACGCCCAAGAACGUAGACGCCGUGCAAAAGGUGCUGUGCAGGGACUGCGUUCAGCCAAUCGGUGUGUGGGGGCUACAUAACACGACGUUAAAAGUCAAAAGCGCUUUGAAAUUGAUGUGCAGAGCUAAAGGCAACCCGAUGCCCGCUCUGCAGUGGUUCAAAGACGGCGUACCAAUUUUGGUGGGCAGGCGAAGGAUUCAAUACAAAAAGAAAAGAUCCAUGCUUGUGAUACCAAAGGUGAGACCAGAAGACGGGGGCAAGUAUGAGUGCAGAGGUACCGGAGUCCAAACCGGCCAUGUGGCUAUUACGUCGGCCCAAGUCAUAGUUAAUUCCAAACCGGACAACACUACAGCCCUGUGGCCGUUGGUCGGCGGUCCCUGUCCAGCAGAUCUCGUAUAUUGUCUGAACGGGGGCACUUGUACGUUCUACGAAACCAUCGGAGAGCUCGUUUGCCAGUGCGCCGAAGGCUUCAAGGGUCAACGGUGUGAGAACAAAGACAUUGUUAACAAAAGCACUUCCUAUAUUCUUUGCCAAGUUAUACUGCGAUACAGUUACCAAGGAACGGAACAAAUUUAUAUAAUUUUUUUAGCCAACGAUCAACCGCUGCAUUAUGUUUUAUUUUCGCUUUUUACCCCUUUUUCGGAAGUGGCGGGUGAAUGAUGUGUAAAAUAACUAUUUAUCCCAACAAUUGUUACGUACAUUUUACACAUGAACUGGACGAGUCAUUUGAAUCGCUCCCAAACACACGAAAGUUUGAUCGUAUACAGUACACGGUGGGGGUGUGGAUUUUUGUUUGCAGAUUCAAAACAAAAAAAGAAACAAAACACCAUUAGAAACGACACAAAUAAUUUCAGCUAGUGACGCGUCGAAACACUACUAUUAUAUCGAUGUAACUGAACAUUGGACAGCGGCACUAACCCGAGCACAUUCUACAACAAACACGGAUAGAUGAAUACAAUAUAUAAUUCUUUAAAAAAUUUUUUCUCAACAAUUUUUUUUAUACAUUCAUACAUAAUAAAAUGUUUUAUACGAAACGAAGCUUUAUGUUAGAUAGGUACCUAUGUAUGUUAUUAUACAUAAAUAUAUAUAAUAUAAUAAUGUGCAACCCAACUUAAUUGCUACCCCUGGUUUUCAUCGCUAUAAUAUAACUCUAAUAUACAAUAUUAUAAAUAGCUGAUGCAUAUUAGUCCUUAAAAUUAUAGCUAAUUUAUGAAAUUAUAUAUGAUAGAAUAAAUACAUUUUUAACUUAAUAAAUAAUAUAUAAGGGCUAUUUAGACUUGUUAACUUUUAUAUUAUAAGUUAUUUUAUUUGUUUUGUUUACAUAUUAUAUAUAAAUGUCAUAUUCAUUUAGUGAAAAGUAUCCAUAUCGUGGAUAAAACAUUGCCUUAAAAUUCAUGGAUGAUUAUUUUUGUCUACUUUACGAAACGGAUAUUAGUUUUAUACACUAAAUCUGUAAUAAAUACGGAAUUUUUUCGCGAUGUUUAUAAAUAAACUAUCGAUUUCAUAAAAACGUAUACAUAGACUAACGUAUGAAAAUACAUUUUAUUUCGUAACAAAUGUACAUAAUUGAUCAUCCAUGUUAGGUAGAAAAAUGUAGAAUUCACGGUUUGUAUAGUUACGAAAAUAUAUCCACUUCAAUAAAUGGGUGUGACAUAUAAUAUAUUUGUAUAUAUAUUUAUGUGAUUGAUUUUCAUUAAGGCUAAAGGUUGUGAUGUUUGUUAUGUUCCAUAUGUAUUACUUUUAUUUUAUAUAAGUAACACUUAAUCGUGUGUA